UAAUCAACAUUAAUUGUCUGGCGGGUUGGUCGCUUGUUGACUUUUGUGGAUGAUUAAACCAUAUUCUUCUAUUUAUGAUCCCAAGAUUGUCGUAAUCUGAGGCUUAUGUCUAUGUUGACUGAUUAUUAUUGUUUUCCGUAGUGAGUGUAAUUGCAUUGCUUGCACAUCCGAAGUCGUUGACACACGUUUUCCUAUGUUCUCUGCAGCCCACCUCAAUCUCCCUUCUACUUAUUCCCCGAAUUCUCAAAACAUAUUGUAGCUAGACGCAAACCUUCACAAUUCUCAAUAGUUUUUAAGGAUGGAUCCAGCUCAAGAACCUAACUCAGGGAUACAUACAAAUAAUGUCCAGGGGGCACUUCGGCAGCUUGAUUUGUUGGUCGAAAAGGCGGAGCUCUAUGCUCAGGUGAAACUUAUUGGUUCUGGAACAAAAGAUCUGUCUAGUCCAUCAAGAAUUAAACAAGAGCAGCCCAUUAGUUCUCCUACUUCCUACUCUUUUGGAGACCAUCGACAUCGUCGUACUGAAAAAGAAGAAGAUGAAGAACUAUUGACCGAAACUAAGCAUAGUUCAUCUGGUAUUCAGCGUUUCGAAGCUUCUCCGUGGUACGUAAAGGGAGGAGAGAUGCGUGACUAUCAAAUCCGUGGUCUAAAUUGGAUGAUUCAGCUCCAUCAUAGUAGUAUAAAUGGAAUUCUAGCCGAUGAGAUGGGAUUAGGGAAAACUUUACAAACAAUAUCAUUACUUGGUUAUAUAAAACACUGUCGACACAAACAUGGGCCACAUAUGGUAAUUGUGCCUAAAUCUACGCUUUCCAACUGGAUGAAUGAAUUUGCUCGUUGGGUUCCUUCUUUGCGCACAGUUUCAUUAAUUGGAAACCAUGAAGAAAGGAGUCAAAAAAUACAAGAGGAGAUCUUGAAAAAGGAAUGGGAUGUUAUUGUCACAAGUUACGAAAUGUGUAUUAAAGAGAAGGCGGUCCUGAAAAAAUUUCACUUUAUAUAUUUAAUAAUAGAUGAAGCCCACCGAAUUAAAAAUGAAAAGUCGAAAUUGUCAGAAAUUGUCCGGGAUUUUCGCUCUCAAAACCGUCUCUUGAUUACCGGUACACCUUUGCAAAAUAAUUUACAUGAAUUAUGGGCUUUAUUAAAUUUCCUAAUGCCGGAUUUGUUUUCUUCAUCUGAAAUGUUUGAUGAUAUGUUCAAAACGGGUAAUGAUCAAGAAGAGAGUUUAGUUCAACGUCUACAUGCAGUUUUAAAACCAUUUUUGUUAAGACGAAUUAAAGCUGAUGUGGAGAAACGUUUACCACCAAAAAAGGAGUGCAAGAUUUAUAUUGGUCUUAGUAAAAUGCAACGCGAUUUGUACACCAAGAUUUUAAUGAAAGAUAUUGAUGUGGUGAACUCUGUAGGGAAUAAAGUGGAUCGUCUUCGCCUACUAAAUAUUCUCAUGCAACUUCGUAAAUGCUGUAACCAUCCUUAUUUAUUCGAUGGACUAGAACCAGGCCCUCCGUAUACAACGGAUCGUCAUCUUGUUGAUAAUUGUGGAAAGCUGAUGUUACUGGAUAAACUGCUGCCGAAACUUAAAGAACAAGGAUCACGAGUCCUUUUAUUUUGUCAAAUGACGCGAAUGAUGGACAUUCUUGAAGACUAUUGUUUGUGGCGCGGCCAUGAGUACUUUAGACUAGACGGAUCCACACCUCAUGAAGAACGCCAGAUUUCAAUUGAUGAAUACAAUCGUCCAGGUUCCACCAAGUUUCUUUUCAUGCUUUCUACAAGGGCUGGUGGUUUGGGUAUCAAUUUGGCCACAGCCGACGUAGUUAUCAUCUAUGACUCAGACUGGAAUCCUCAAGUUGACCUUCAGGCCAUGGAUAGAGCACAUCGUAUCGGACAAACCAAAACUGUACGCGUUUUUCGACUAAUUACAGAACAUACAGUUGAGGAACGUAUUAUUAUGCGUGCUGAGAUGAAGCUCAAAUUGGAUAACUUGGUUAUUCAACAAGGUCGUCUUGUUGAGCAAAAAUCAAACCAACUUCAAAAGGGUGAUGUUUUAGAUAUGAUCAGACAUGGUGCCAAUUACAUUUUCCGUAGCAAAGAUAGUGAUUUCAAAGACGAGGAUAUUGAUAUUAUCUUAGCUCGAGGUGAACAAAAGACUGCUGAAAUGAAUGAAAAACUGGCUCAAUUGGGAGAAUCUAAUUUAAGGUCUUUAAAAUUCGAUACGGCAGAUGAAAAUGGUGCACCAACAUCAGCAUAUAUAUUCGAGGGGGAAGAUUAUCGAGAAAAACAAUGUCGCACUUCCUUAUUAGAUGGUUGGAUAGAACCUCCGAAACGCGAACGCAAAGCAAAUUAUGCGGUUGACGCAUACUUUCGGGAAGCGCUUCGUGUCUCUGAACCUAAAGCACCGAAACCACCUCGACCACCAAAGCAACCAAAUGUGCAAGAUUUCCAGUUUUUUCCUCCUAGACUUUUUGAGCUUUUAGAUAAAGAAAUAUAUGCAUUCAGAAAGAGUAUUGGUUAUAAGGUUCCUCGUAACCCAGAUGCUGGGCCAGAUGGUGAGCGUGAUCGUCUGGAUGAACAAGCUAGAAUAGAUGAAGCUGAACCAUUAACUGAGGAGGAACUUGCCGAGAAGGAAGAGCUUUUAACACAAGGUUUCACAAACUGGUCGAAACGUGAUUUUCAACAGUUCAUCAAGGCCAACGAAAAACACGGUCGUGAUGAUUUAGAAGCAAUUUCAGUAGAUGUAGAAGGUAAAACUCCAGAUGAGGUUAAACGGUAUGCCCGUGUUUUUUGGACAAGAUGUAACGAGUUGCAAGAUGUCGAUAAGCAUAUGGCUCAGGUAAUUGUCAAUUUAUAUCGAUACUAAUUCCUGUUGAUGAUUUGAAAGACAUUGUCUAGCGUGAAUGUCUAUAUAUUAUGAUUAGUGACUACAUAAAUACGGUUAUUGGAAGGUAAUCAGUCAUAAUAAUUUCACCCGGACACUUCCGUAUUAAUAAAAGCUAAGUUUAAAUGUUGUGUUUGCUAAAAUCAAAUAUCGUCAGACGUGAUUGUUUACACCUCCAUUGAUAUAUAUAGGGUCUAUUACCACAUAAAUUUUCAGGUGCCAAUCAAUUAAGUCCUAUUUUUCAAUUCCACAUGUUAUCACAAUAAAGCAGUAAUUCAUUUCCUAUUCUGAAACUUUAUCCUGUUAAUCUAACGUAUAUAUGCCUUCAUCGUGAAGUUUGUUAAAAGUAUUCUUAUCUCACUUUUUUGUUUGCUCAUCAGAUUGAGCGUGGUGAGGCGAAAAUCCAAAGAAGAGCUGCUGUAAAACGUGCUCUUGAUCUAAAGAUGGCCCGAUAUCGAGCGCCGUUUCACCAACUUCGGAUACAAUAUGGAACAAAUAAAGGGAAGAACUAUGUUGAGGAGGAAGAUCGUUUCUUAAUCUGCAUGCUUCAUAAACUUGGUUUCGAUCGUGACAAUGUAUAUGAUGACUUACGUCUUGCAGUUCGCUUGGCCCCACAGUUUCGAUUUGAUUGGUUUUUGCGAUCUCGCACAGCAAUGGAACUACAAAGACGUUGCAGUACUCUUAUUACUUUGAUUGAGAGAGAAAUAUGUGACUUAGAAGACCGAACAAAACAGCGUAGUGGAGCAGGCGCGAAUAAUUUACCACUCACUCCUGCAAAUUCCGGACCAUCUAACACAUCCACAGUAUCCAACCAAAAGCGGAAGUCAACUGCAGCUGGUGGGAUUAACUCGGAUUCAACUGCAGAGAUUUCCGGAAACGCAAAGAAAAAGAAGGUCACUGCUUAAAUAACAGUGAUUUGUAAAUGUCUCUGUCUUAUACUCUUGUUGUAGGCCUCUUGCAUUUGAUUUUAUGUACUCAAUUCCUUUGAUUUCAUACUGGUGUAUUGUUUACCAAAUCUUACAUAAAUAAAGAUUUGUAAUUAGAUU